CACUUACAAUAUACACUUUCUUUUUGGAGGAACUGAAGAACACUGGCCAUGGACAAUACCGAAAAGUUUAACAAAAGUCAGUUCUUCGAGAGCUACCUGGCCAAGCACAGGGAUCUGGGCAGACGGCAGCGGGAGUACAAGAAUAUCCUCUCCACCAAGCUAGCAACGCGCAAGGAGCUUAUCGUGGAGGCCAGCUACCUGACGUCCAACAACCAGCUAGAGGAGGAGAAGGACGAUCUGAGGGCUCAGAUCUGGGUGGCCAAUAGCUCCACUUAUCGCAAGGAGGACCAGCGCUACCUGGACAACAUUCGGUGCCAUGUGGAGUGUCAAGAAAACCUCGCCGUGGACAUCAGUUCUCUGAAAAGGUCCAUCAUCAACGUGGAACGCGAGAUCGGAAGAAUGUCCAAACAGAUCUAUCACUUGAAUCAGAAUACUGUACCCGAUGAAAGGUAUACGGUGCAUGUGGGCCAAGUGCGAAAGAAGAUGAGCCUUCUGGAGGAUGCCCUUGAGACGUCAGUGCGUCAAGAGUGUGACAUGGCGGCGACAAACGCAAAUCUGAGGCAGCAGCUCAUCUGGAUCCUCAACUACCGCACCAGCUUCAACGAUUCCUACACCAAAAUGGUCCAGAAGCUGAACAGCGACAAGAAGUAUAUGACAGACAUGAUCGAGUACGCCGUGAGCACCUUUGACAACUGCAUCGACGUAUACGAGAAGAUCGAUAAACUGGCCAAGCAAACCAAGAAGGAAAAGGAACAACGCCGCUUGGAGGCCCAGGCGGUGGUGCGGAAAACAACUGCCGACACCGUCAACGCCUCCUUUUUAAACUGUAAGGCUAAGCCCCGGGAACUGGCGGACCUCCAGCCGAAGGAGUACAAGAGGCGGGAGAAGUUCCGGACGAUGCACCGCAAGAAGAUCAAUCUCUACACCUCGGUGCUGAGAAAGGUACUCCGCUUCACGAACUCCCUCAAAAUGGACGAGGUUAUUGCCAAGUUCAACAACCAGGAGAGCCUCUACUACUCCUAUUUCAACUACUCUACCGAGAUGAGCUACCACAUAACGAUGCUUAACAACUCUGUGAAUCACCUUAUGGCGGACAUAGUAGCUCUGCGCCGAGAUAACAAAGACACGUUGCAGGAACAGCUCGAGAAGAUCGAGAGCCUAGAGACCCAGGUGCGGUCAAAGGAGCAAUCCAACAUGGUCCUUGUCGAGGUGAGAGAACGCAACGCCACCCAGCUGGAGAAUCUUCUCGGGGGCGUGGAGGCCGUCUGUCAAAUUUGCGCCAUCGACGCCUCUCCCUUCAAUGACCUUCUGGGCGACCACACUCACGUCAAUCUGGUGAAUCUCAAGCGAUUCCUGAAGGUCCUGGAGACCCGGGUGCUAAACGUGAUGGCAAGUGUGUAUGCAGAAGAGCGCCGAGCCGGUAACCCCAUGAGUUACGUAGUCCGGGAGGUGGUUAAGAAUUGCGAAGGACUCACCGACAUCUCAGACAUAGUCCUGACCCAGCAGUGUCCCGAGUGCGCCGAGACGGAUGCCCAGAACAUCGACGAGGGCGGUGACUUCUCCUACCCGCACACCAUCAAGGAGGCCAAGAAGAAGCUCUACGAGAAGGUCACCCAGCCGGAGAUCCAGUACCGUCUCCACAGCAUCAGCCAGUGCCGCCUGCCCCGGUCGCGUCUUUUGGCCGCGCAGAGGAGCAUGUAAAUUUAU